AUGUUUUCAAGACGUCAACUGUUGGCAGCUCUCACAGUUGUUGUUAUAUUUUCAGUGGUGCGAAGAAUUACGAUCACUGACACCCGAUUAAAAAUGGCUUCGAAAUACUCAACACCGGUGGUCAUUGUUGGUUCUGGUCUUGCAGGCCUGACGACGGCUAAUCAGCUAGCCUUGAAAAGCAGGGUGCCUAUUAUUCUGCUAGAAAAGGCUUCUUCUCUAGGUGGGAAUUCCAUCAAGGCUUCAAGCGGGAUCAAUGGCGCUCUUACCACCACCCAGAAGGUAUUGGGAGUUUCGGACUCUGCAGCCGCUUUCUAUCAAGAUACACUCAAAUCGGCAAAAGAUGCUGGAUCUCCAGCCCUAAUGGAAAAGCUUUCUAAGGACUCAAGCAGUGCUAUAUCUUGGUUACAGCGAGAAUUCAGUCUCAAGCUGGAUUUACUGGCGCAGCUUGGUGGGCAUACAGCACCCAGAACGCACAGAUCAUCUGGAAAGCUGCCUCCAGGGUUCGAAAUAGUGAAGGCCCUUUCCGACUCUCUCAAGAGCCUAUCUGAGGCCGAGCCGGAACUGGUACAGAUUCGCCUCAACAGCAAAGUCGUUGAUGUUCACAUUAUUGAUAAGCAAGUAAAAUCUGUGGAAUAUCAGGACGAAAAUGGGCAAAUCCAACGUCUCGAGACCUCUGAUAUUGUGUUCUGCUCCGGUGGUUUUGGGUUCUCCAAGGAGAUGCUAAAGCAAUAUGCUCCAAACUUGACUUAUUUACCAACAACCAACGGAGGUCAAACGACAGGAGAUGGUCAACGACUGCUUGAAAAGCUAGGUGGGUGUCUAGUAGACAUGGCAGAGAUUCAAGUUCAUCCCACGGGCUUUAUAGAUAGGUCCGACCCGCAUAACAAUUGGAAAUUCCUGGCCGCUGAAGCGCUAAGAGGACUUGGCGGUAUAUUACUGAAUCCAUCAACAGGAAAGCGUUUUGUCAACGAGUUGAGCACCAGAGACAUCGUGACGCAGGCAAUCCAGUCGCAAUGUCCAAAAGAUAACAACAAGGCAAUUUUAGUCAUGAGCGAUUCAGUCUAUACUGCCUACAAGAAUAACAUGGACUUCUACUUGUUCAAGAAAUUGAUUCGCAAGAUCACAAUAGCGGAACUGUCACGAGAGCUAUCACUAUCUCCUGAAGUGUUGGCGGGCGAAUUGCAUACCUACAGUUCCCAGGCUACCGAUUCUUUUGCUCGCUCUUCCAAAAUCAAUGGUUUUGGUGCAGAUAUAAAUGAAGAGACGGAGGUCUAUUAUGGGGAGGUGACGCCGGUUGUACACUUUACCAUGGGAGGUGCUAGAAUUGAUGAAAGAGCUCGAGUUCUAGACAAAAAUAAUAACCCUGUGGCAAAGGGCCUUUACGCUGUGGGCGAGGUUUCUGGUGGUGUCCAUGGUGCUAACAGACUCGGCGGAUCGAGUCUGUUGGAGUGCGUAGUUUUUGGGCUUACGGCCGCAGAUGGUAUUGCAGAUGGAUAUGGUAAGUAA